CGGAGCCCGAGCGGGGCGCAGAGGGCGGGAGCGGCGCCAACGGGGCGCUAAACGCUCUGCCCCCGGCGCAAACUUUGCCCCUGCAGCUUUGCACCCCUGCAGCCUUGCACCCCUGCAGCCCUGCAGCCUUGCACCCCUGCAGCCUUGCACCCCGAGCUCGGACAAGGUUGCCUCCCCCGGCCUCCGCGAGGCCUUGGCUAUGACCAGAGCCUCUUUAGCGAGCCCAGACACCUCCUCGCUCCCGCACCAUAACCGUUGGACCGCGUCGUCGACCCACCAGGCCCUCAGCUCCGAGGCACCAUGGGAAGUGUCAGUAGCCUCAUCUCUGGCCACAACUUUCACAGCAAGCACUGCCGCGCUUCCCAGUACAAGCUGCGCAAGUCCUCCCACCUCAAAAAGUUGCACAGGUACUCGGACGGGCUGCUGAGAUUCGGCUUCUCCCAGGAGUCCGGCCACAGCAAGUCCAGCUCCAAAAUGGGCAAGAGCGAAGACUUCUUCUACAUCAAGGUCAGCCAGAAAGCACGAGGUUCCCACCGCACGGACUACACAUCGCUGACCAGCGGGGAGCUUGGGGGCCAGGCUGGGAUGGACUUCGGCUCAUCCACGCCGCCCAAACUCGUACCCUUCUCCAACCAACUGGAACUGGGCUCAGAGAAGAGCGUGGUGAGGCCAACAGCGUUCAAACCCGUCUUGCCUCGAGGCGGGGCUCUCCUGCACUCCUCCCCAGAGAGCGCCGACCACCAGCUGCACCCCGCUCCCCCUCCUCCUCCUCCACCUCCUCCGGACAAGCCCAAAGAGCAGGAGCUGAAGCCCGCGCUCUACUCCGGGGGCCUGUCCGACUCAGGCCGCAACUCCAUGUCCAGCCUCCCCACCCACAGCACCAGCAGCAGCUACCAGCUGGAUCCUCUGGUCACCCCGGCGGGGCCCCUGAACCGCUUCGGGGGCUCCGCCCACAACAUCACCCAGUGCGCGGUCCUCCAGGACAGCAACAUGAUGAGCCUGAAGGCCCUGUCCUUCUCCGACGGGGGCAGCAAGAUCACCCAUCCGGGGAAGGGGGGCAGCCGCCGCCCCGCCGCCGACAGAGCCGCCUCCUGCGUCCGCUCCCCGCUGUCCACGGACGAGUGCACGAUCCUGGAGCUGGAGCAGAAGCUCCUGGAGCGGGAGGGGGAGCUGCGGGAGCUGCAGUGCAGCUUGGAGGAGAAGGAGCUGGCCUCCUGCCAGGCCUACGAGGAGACCCAGCGGCGCUGCACGGAGGAGCUGGAGGGGCUGAAGCAGAAGUGCAGCCACAAGCUGAAGCAGGCCUCCCAGAAGAGCCAGCGCACGCAGCAGGUGCUGCACCUCCAGGUGCUCCAGCUGCAGCAGGAGAAGCAGCAGCUCCGGGACGAGCUGCAGACCCUCAUGAAGGAGCGGGAUCUGCUGGAGACCAAGCUGAGAUCGUACGAGAAGGAGAAGACCAGUUUGGGCCCGGCUCUGGAGGAGACCCAGUGGGAGGUGUGUCAAAAGUCCGGCGAGAUCUCCCUCUUGAAGCAGCAGCUGAAGGACUCCCAGCUGGAGGUCACCACCAAGACCAACGAGAUCCUCAGCCUGAAGGCCCAGCUGAAGGAAAUGCGGGGGAAGCUGGAGGGGCUGGAGCUGAAGACCCAGGACCUGGAGAGUGCCCUGCGCACCAAGGACCUCGAGCUGGAGGUGUGCGAGAACGAGCUGCAGCGCAAGAAGAACGAGGCGGAGCUGCUGCGGGACAAGGUCAGCCUGCUCGAGCGGGAGCUGCGGGCCGAGGCAGCCCUCCAACAGGAGCGUCGGGACGAGGGGCGGGACCGGCUCCCGGGCCCGGGGGGCUUCCCGGAGGAGAUCCCCGCCCUCCAGAGGGAGGUCGACAGGCUGCGGGCCGAGCUGAGGGAGGAACGGCAGGGCCACGACCAGAUGACGUCCGGCUUCCACCACGAGCGGCAGGUGUGGAAGGAGGAGAAGGAGCAGGUGAUCCACUACCAGAAGCAGCUGCAGCAGAGCUACCUGGCCAUGUACCAGCGCAACCAGCGCCUGGAGAAGACCCUGCAGCAGCUGGCACGGGGAGAGGGCGGAGGCGAGCCCUUCGAGAUCGACAUCGAAGGUGCCGACGUCCCCUACGAAGACAUCAUAGCCACUGAAAUCUGAGGGGGGGACAUGGGGGUGGCGUUCACUGCGGGGGCGCGGGGGGAGGGAUGAGGGCAGGGGCCAGAUCAGCACUGUACAUUCCCCCAACGGGCCAGCUGGCUGGCGUUAAGACCGCCGUGGUUCAGGUGAUGGGGAAAGGAGAGGGGGAGGGAGAUACCGUGUUGAGAAGAGAGACCUCUCCUCUGCCCACCCCUGCCCCCUCUGCAAAGGCUGAGGGUCAUCUGACCCAUUGCCCCAAAGGAGAUGGGGCCAUCUGACCUAUUGCCCCAAAGGAGAUGGGGUCAGGGAUAGUUUAGCUAAAGACUCUCCAAAACCUUCGGACCUCGGGGAGUUCCCAUGUGCCCUGUAAGUGAACAGAGAGAGUCUACCACCCACCCCUGGGAGCCUCUGGCCCUCCUCUUCCCAUCAAUGCCUUUUCUCCUAGAUUCAACAUCUCCGAUUCCCUUCUGGGACUGGGAAGGAGCCGAACCGAUUCUGGCCAGUGAUAGGACAAGCUGGGGGUUUCCCAAAGUCAUGGGGAUUGCCUGCCUAGGCAGCAUCAGGAAAGGGCUACUCCAGCACCACAGCUACCCCUUGGGCCUUGGGCCACCGGCUCGGGGAGGCAGAGAGAAAGAGCACUGAGGCAGGACCGGACCCUCAGGCCUUGGAAAGGGAGCGAGGUGCGGGGAGAAAAGCCUUUUUUUCCUGACCAAAAAACUAAAAAAAAGAAGACAGAUUUACUCCAGGAAGUGCCACUUCUCUGGCAGAUACAUAAUCAGGUGCCAACCCUUGAGUGCCAACCCCACCCCACCACCCCGCACCCCAUUCACCCACCUCCAUGAUACCUCCCCUCCAUCCCAUCUGCCCAUCAGACUGGGGAUAAGGUCUGCCAAGGAGGAUAGUGAGCUUUGGCCUUGGUGACUUCCCUUGGAUGCCAAAGGGUUUGGACCUGAAUGGGGAAGAUAAGUGGCAAGUCUGGUGUCCCCACUUGGACCUCCAAACAGGGUAACGUAGUCCUCUCCUCCCUCCCACCAAGAGAUACACAUUGACUCUGCUUGGAUGGCUUGGGUGGGCAGAGAUCCUACCUGGUGUGUCAUUUCUCUUCUCUUUUUUAUGUUUGAGUAGGAAACUUUCCCCAGAGGUUGGUCUAUAGCCUAUAUACGCUUAACAUCCUGGUUAUAGAGCUAUGAUUCUUCAGGUUUCCUGUCCCCGGAGUGAAUUGGGCACCUCCUUCAGCAGUGACUCCAAGCACAUCCCUUUCCAGUCUGGGUGACUGUCAGAUCCCAACUAGCACAGAGAGGCGAUGAGCCCACAUAUAGGCAGCUUCCGGAAACAUAGCAGCCCUUUACAAUCUUUCACCCGCCCUGCUCCCUCUGGAGACGAUUUUCCUCCAAGGGCAGGGAUUCUUUACACCAGCUCCAAUGAGGCGGGGGGAUAAUGUUGCAUCCUAAUACUCCCUUUGUGCACAAAGCAUCAGCAAGUAAUUCUCCAGACAGCCCAAAAACCCACCAAAGGCAUUAGUAGGAAAUGCAUGCUGAGAUCACUCUUACCAGUCUCACUGCGCAAGUAUUUACCCGUCCAGCUGAGCGCUUAGGGAGGUGACUUACAAAUUUCUAAUGCAGUGCUGCAAAUUGCCCCUCAGGGUUCCUGACGAAAUUUUGAACUUAAAUUCCUCUCCCCACUGGCCCUAAAGGUCCACUUGAGUUUGCCUUCUUGAACCCAAGUGACUUCAGGGUACCCGCAGUUUGGUACAUAAGACCCAGAGCAGGUGAGCUAAGCAGAAUCCUCUUUCCUCUGUGAUAUUAGGGGGAUGGGAGAGAAGUUGAGAAUUCCUGCUAGAAGCCAGACUUUCACUAGAUCACCCUAGGCACCGCGGCUUCAGGAACGUGUCUCGACUCAGUUUUAGGAACCGGGUUAGGUGGGGUAGAAUGCAGCUCAAGGAGUAUGGUCGGGGAUGUAGCGAUAACGAAGAUGAGCCAAUCUGCGGGUUGAGGAGCAGGAGUUUCCGGGCAUCUUGACUCACUUAUUCACCCCCCCUACACCCUUGUCACUUUCUUCAGGUUCCCAGAAGCAAA